UCUAAGGGAAGUUCUAAAAUAAGCAUUGGAGUAGCUGGAUACACAUCUCUUUCUAAUCACUUUAGUGCUCCGCUCCAAAGCAUCACUCCGCUUUUCUGGUUGUUUUUUUUUUGUAAUUAGAGAAGAACUACACCAUGGUGAGAAGGAUUUCAUUCUUCAUCUGUUCCUGUAUCCUCCUCCACUGGACAGGUGCAGAUAAUUCUACUUCUGAGGCGCCUGUUUCUUCAUCUUCAAGUGCAGCACCAGGUCCUGUUUCUCCAGAUAAUGCUUCAAGUGUAGAACCACGUCCUACCCCCACUGCUUUCACAAACCACUCUACUGAAGUCACUGAUAACAAGACUGCAGGUCCGUCUAAUGCAACAAGUGCAGCACCAGUUCCUGGUUUACCUUCAGAUGUAACAGGCAUUACACCAUCAAAUGCACUGACUACCGCAACUCUAGAGCCAAACACAACUAGAAACCAAAAUCACAACAGCACUUUUACCAGCCAUCAUCCUUCACUAACAAAACCAACCAUCACUGCAACAUCAAGCAAAACAUCUCCUGGACCCAAUAGUCAAGGAAAGCUUGCAGAUGAAUCAGAAAAUAGAUAUCUGUGGAUUCUGCUGCCUACUCUGUGUAUUGUACUGGCAGCAAUGAUAUACUUGAAAUUCAAGUGUAAAAAAGUCCAGCAUCGGCCAGAAAUGGCUGACAAUGGAACAGAGAAUGCUUCUUUCCAGAGGACAGACGGUAAAGACGGUGUUAUGCUGUUAGGAGUCAGUAAGACAUUAGUUGGAGAGGACAAUGCUGCAGCAAGAUAAGUGGAGUUCUGCCAGAGGAGAGGCUCACCAUUAGCCACAAAUCCACACUCACUUACUCUGAAUAAUGAAGAAUAAUGGCAGAGGAACUGAAGAGGAAAGGAUUGAUGAAAGCUUCCCACAAACAAAGGAUUUCUUACUUUAAGAGGAGUGUUUGUGUUUCAGGAAAUAUCGUGUUUGGACAUAUUCCAUUAUUUGAAUAAGAUAGUAAACUCUAAUUCUUCACGGCUUUGCAACUUUGCUGUAGUGUAAAGAAAAGUUGGUCGAGUGUGUUGCAGUAUUUUCUACACAUCAAUGUCCUAGUUUGUAAUUUUAUCUUUGUGACAUAAUUAAAAAUUGCCUGGUUUAACAUUUUUACAACAUCUUGAAAUAACUGAUUGGUCAUUAUUUUUGCUUUUUGUUAUUGUUAUUUUCAGCAAUUUUCUGAAGUAUUGUAUAUUUUUAUAAAAUUGUGCAUAACAAUUGUUAUUUUUUGGUCAGUGUAAUUUGUUCCUUGAAUCCAAUUGUUCUGCAUUUACUUUAAACUGACUGAUCUGUGUGAUGCUGUUCAAUACAACUAUUACUCAAUUUUUUUUUUAAAUGUAUUUGAUAGUCUGAAUUUGUAAGCAAAUAAUACUGUUUUGUACAUUUUUGAGAUUAAAGGAAGUUUAUAACUUCAAA